AUGGUGAUAAAUUACUGUUUCCGUCUGCUGGUUCCGCCCGCCCAUCGCCCUUGCACAAUUGCGCUCUCGCGCACGCACUCGCACCUGCUCGCACCCACCCCCGAACAGUGGCCCUGCCUCUCUUGCUGCUUGAAAGCCCUAUUUGUUCCCGCACACUUCCCUUUCUUUUUUCUCCCUUCCCCUUCUGCACCGCACUCCAAUCCACGCCCCCCACCGUCGAGAGACGCGUUGCCUCUGCAGCUCUUCUUCUCUCUCUCCAACACCAGCGCGCUGCGACAUCCCAACACAGCCUGGCCCCUGCCCUCCUCGCCAUCUUCUUCCGUGGUAGUUGGCAGUCGGCGUACGUGCGUGCGUGCGCUUGCUUCCCACACUCGCCUGCCCAGAAAUCAGGCUUCGGUCCACAGCCAUCCUGCGGCGUCGCCACUGUGCCGAUCGCCCACCACUCCCGCCAGUUUCACCGCAACCGAGAGCGCUAUGGCGCAGGCCGAGCAUACACCAACAGCCACACAGGGCAUGCAAACGAACCGCAUCAUGUUCAGCAUCCCUACCAAGACACCGGAUGCCGCACCUCUGGAAGAAGACCUUCUGGACGACGAAGCCGACGAGCCACCCGAACUAGAGCGCACCCCACGCCCUUCGGCCCUGACUCUUCACCAGUCCUUCAAGGCUUCGUUUGCCAAAGCAAGCCCCCAUUUGGAACAAAAGCUUUCACUUCUUACCAGUGCGCUGCACUCCAACAAUACUUCGCCUGUAGAAGAAUUCGCCAACAGCGAAGGUCUAAGCCGAGACAGAUCGUACGCUUCUACCUGGAGCAACAAUAGCAUGUCCACAGCCGAACUCACCAGCGAUGGCGGGCUCACAAGCCCUGCCACGCGUACCAGUACCCCGAGUCCUACCCUUCCCCCGUCUUCCUUUCACAAACUGGCACCAGCCUUCAACUACAACAAACCUUCCGGUGGGAUUGUUUCAAUUGUCCAGCAUGACGAAAGCAGUAACCCACUGCAAAGACCACCGAUGCGCUCAUCCGCGGGAGAAAGUAAUGUAGAAGUGAGUCUAGGUCGCAAACGAUGCAUAUCAUUCGCAUGUGGACCCAAGGCGGAAAAGAAGGCUGAAUUGGAACAAAUCAAAACGUCACAACCUCCACAAGCAGGCGAGCCACCGAAACGCAUCUGCACUAUCAAAUUUGCUUGUCCUACCAAAGUUUCUACCGACGCUCCUUCCAAGGACAACAAACCUCGGCGUGCAGCGAGUCCCGCCCCAUUGCCACGGAGGUCUAGAGCGUCUCCAAAGGUGCCAAAGUUACACCGUGACUCCGAUUCAACUGUUCGAAAUCCUUCCCCCAUCGCUUCACGGAAAUCCGGCCCCCGACGAUUCAGUGGAAAUUCGGAUCUUGCCCGCAGCGAAGCAUUCCGCUUUCACGAAUUCGCAAGUUCCGAAGAAGAGGUUGAAGAAUGGACUUUGGAAUCAACCUGCCAUCGCCGUCCCCUGACCAUUAAGGAUACACUCAGGAUCGAGAACAACCUUCGUCAGUUAGGAGAGGAGGCCGAAGAAGAGGCCCUCGAUGACGAAGAGGAUCUGGAUGGAUUAGAUGACGAUGAGAUGGACCUCGAUGAGGAUGACGACGAUUUGGAGGAGGAUGAUAACAGUGAUGAAGCUGAGGAUCCCUCAUCUGACGAAGGCUUUCAAACCGAUGACGAGGAAGGUUUUGCUGGCUCAGACGACGAGAGCGAUGCUGGUUCUGACUACAACUGGUGGGCUCCUGGCCAUUCAACUGCUGCGACAUCUUUCGAGCACCUCGACAUCAUCCGCCCUACCAAUCGCAGAAGCGUCUCUGAAUCCUCCUUUGGUUCUUUGGAAAGUGAGCACCAUCACUACAAACCUGACAAGACCAUCAAGCGACGGAAGUCACGACCUGUGAACAUUCGCAUUCCUACGCCGGAACUGCCCGACAGCACGGAUUUUGUCUGCGGCACGUUGGACGAAGAUCGCCCUUUGGAAGAUGCGUACCUGUCAGUUUUGGAACGCCGACGCGCUGCCAAGCACAAAGUAACGCCGCAAGAUGUCGAUCCCACGUUCCCAACGUCGGACCCGGAAAUGGACGAGGAAGAUGAGGAUGAUGAGGUCGACCAUCUUGCUUCGGAGAGUGAUCAGCACCUGAUGAUGCACGGGCAGAUGGAUCACGCUGACGUUGACGCUCGCGGCCGCCGCAACAAGACUGGAAUAAUGGCCAAACGCUCCCCGGGGCAAUCACCAAAACGUUUCCGUUCACCUCCACCGCCUGCCAAGCGCAACAUGCACAGAUCUCCGCCUCCACGCAAGUUGUUUGGGCAAUCACCUAGACCCAUUCGCUCACCACCUGCUCCUAUCCGUCUUCGGUCACCGCCUCCAACUCGCCGUGGAUCCUCGAUCGUUACGUCACCUAAACGCCCCGGUCUUUCAAUUCAAUGGAGUGGCCUUGCGGGACGUCCUGCACCUACUGUGUCAGCAUCGCUCCCGCGAACUCCCGUUAUCAACCGCCCUCUCACCUUCGGGUACGAAGAUGACGAGGACACGCCAAAUGAGUUCCCUGUCCGUCGCGCGAUCGACAUCAAAGUAGGGCUAGAAAGGAAACGCCAACGUCGCAAAGAGCAGCUGUACAAAAAGAAGCACUGCAAGAACACAAAAGAGAAGAGACCGCCUCCUGGAAAAGGCUGCGAGCGCAUGCGCGAGGUCGGCCUAGGUCUUGCCGCGCACAAAGGCAAAGCCACCGGAUUCGCAUUCCCUGCUCCUUCUACCCCUGAUCAGAAAGACAUGCACGUCCUGUCUGUCUAA